GGUGCGUAGCCUCGAUUAGGUUGCUUCACUUUCGGUUUCUUAGCAGGUUUGUUUGCGAGAUGCACGCCUGCGUUUGACUUUGGAUUCCUUCGGAACAAAGCUACGAUGUUGGUUAGUACGGCUUCGAGCUCGAUCCUGUUCGAGAGCGUGAUGUUUAGAGCCACUAGGGUUGGAGGGCAGGAAACUGUAUUGCGACAAGUUUUGUUGGAAGGAUAUUAUGGGAUCUGGGUUGUUUAGCGGUUUACAGCAUUGGUUUUCGCAUUCACAAUCUGAAUGGGAGUUACUGGGGUUGGACAUGGAGGAGUGUCUCGUGCGAAAAUUCAAAUACACAUGUUUUGUAUUCCUCUCACAGUAACCCUCUGAUGAACGGCGACGACGACGAACUAACUCAAUGCUCACUAUCAAACUCGUCGUAAUCGGUGCGUCGGGAGUCGGAAAGACCAGUUUGAGGGGUCAAUAUAUCUCCGGGAGAUUCUCGUCUAGCUAUCGCGCUACAAUUGGUGCUGAUUUCAUUACCAAAGUGCUGCCCCAUCCUUCCAAACCAGACCAGUCAGUAACGCUGCAGAUAUGGGAUACAGCUGGACAGGAAAGAUUUUCAAGCCUUUCUAGCGCAUUUUUCAGGGGCGCAGAUGCCGCUUUGUUAAUGUUCGAUGUAAACCAACUGGAAUCGCUCCAUGCUCUCUCAAAGUGGUGGUCAGAUUUUCGGGACAAGGCACCGCUAUCUGAUGAACUUGUGGACGAGUAUUGCUGUGUGGUGGUUGGAAACAAGAUGGAUUUAGUUUCGGGAUCCUCCACCCCUCCAACGUUUCGGUUUGACGUCGAAAAUUUCAUCAGCAACCUUGUACAGUUAUCCCCACCCCCAUCGACGACUACACCUAUGCAUACCAAUGUUCCCCGUCCAGAAGACUACGGCGCAGAUGCAGAUGAUGAGGACGAAGAUUCAUCCGCUGAAGAGUCUGCAAUCGGCGUUCAAACUCAAACACCUUCUCAUCGUACCCCGUCUAUUGCAAUAAUUCCUCAUUCUCUUUCCUCUUCCAGUGAUUCGUCUGCCGCUCGUGUUACUGACCAUUCUCCCUCCCAUCCCUGUUCUUCAUUCAAGGCCCGUUCGAGGUCCUCUUCACGUUUCUAUAGUAGCGGCACAGUAACCACCACACACACCACAUUGACUAUUUAUCAUACCCCUUCGUCAUCCAUUUCUGAUAAUGAUAAUUUUCAUUCCGCACGAUCCUCUCCUACUAGUCAACGGCCGGCACGACGUCUGAUGUCCCUCUCGAAUGCGAGUUCCAGUUCCAACAGUACUGUGACUCCCAGCGUGUUUGCGGCACAUCGAGAUCGUCAUGCAGAUGAUGAUGAUCCGGAGUCCUCGAGUGACGCCCUUACCAUGUCUGCAAUUUCCACGACAGCUACAACUCCCGAAAGUCAUUCUUCCGAAGUAAUGGCCACUGCAGCACACGCACGAGCUUCUGUCACCGUUCCGGGACUGCCAGAUCGUGGACCCAAGCUCUUCUUCACAAGUGCAAAGACAGGUGAGGGUGUUCGGGACGUCUUCGAAUAUAUCGCGGCAAGGGUGAUCAAGAAGUGGGAGUAUGACGAAAUGGUCGAAUCGAGGAGAAUGUCAAUGAGGGAGGCAAAUCUACCAUUCGAACGGGAUGGAGAGAGGGUGCAGCUGGAGGCUGGUUCGAAAGCUAUAUCUCUUCAUCUUCGAAGCUGUUGUGGGACAUGA